CACGUCCAGUCGGAUUGUUUUGGCCACCUUUACGGAUGAUGGACUCGUGCGCAUGACCGCUCUAACCACCGGAAUCCGUCGUGGCGCCCGUCUUGAAGUCGGAAGGCUCCUGCUCCGAUUGCCAGUCCCGUUGCUGCAAAGGCCAAGGCCCCGAAGGAAUCCACCAAGGGAAAGGUCCUGUUUGUGGGAAAUCUGAAGCGAAACAUCAACGUCCAGCAGCUGGCGGCGAAAUUCUCUCCGUUCGGAACCGUUACGGCGCUCCGGCUCGUGAUUAACAAGGAGACGGGACGCUCCAAGGGUUUCGGUAACAUCCAGUACGUGGAGGCGGCCGAUGCCGCCAAGGCCAUGGUCCAGAUGAACGGUCGCCUAGUGGAGGGACAGAAGCUGAAGGUGACGAUGGCGCACCAGCCAAACUUUAUGGAAUUCUGAGAUUUACCCAGACCGAACUGCACCCGUUUGGUGCUGGCCGCCGACGGGCAGAAGAUGAGCAAGCGCAAGAAGAACUACCCGUACCCGUUGGAGGUGCACCACAAAUACGGGGCGGACGAGCUGCGACUGUACCUCAUCAAUUCGCCGGUUGUGCGCGCGGAGAAUUUGCACUUCAAGGAAGACGGCUUCAAGGACAUCAUCAAGGACGUGUUCCUGCCGUGGUUCAACGCGUUCCGCUUCCUGUUGCAGAAUACUGAUCGGUUCGAGAAGGAGGACAAGAUUGUUUAUCGAUAUGACGCGGGUCGUCACGCAAGCAAGAGCUUGACGAAGGUGAUGGACGUGUGGAUACAUCGUUCAAAGAGUCGCUACUGGAGUUUGUGGCCAAGGAGAUGAAGGCGUACCAGUUGUACACGGUCGUGCCGCGGUUGACCAAGUCCAUCGAUCAGCUGACCGACUGGUAUGUGCACAUGAACCGCAAGCGUAUCAAAGGCGAGUUUGGCGUGGAGGAUAACUACCACGAGUUGGAUACGCUGUACGACGUGUUGAUGGCUAUGGUGCAAAUGACCGUUUACGCCCUUCCUG